AUGGGUCUGGUACAAGUUCGACGAUUCAGCUUCAUGUCUGUUGUUAGAACUGAAAUAAUGGAAGCACUGAAAGGAAUUUUACGGCACGAAGUCAAACUUCAUAUUGUGGAAAGUGGUCUUGACCUCACUGAUUUUGAUCCUACUCUCAAUCAGCUUGGAGAACCUGUACGGCGGUUGAAGUUCAAGGAUUGGGUGAAAACUGUAGAAGAUGUUACAAAAGAAUUUUUCGACUUUUGCAAGAGAGUUCAGAGCCUCCAAGAUGUGAUUUGCGAAAGUGCAGAGCGGGUAAGGAGCAACGCUCAUGUGACGGGUUUGAAUGGCUUGAAUUUUGUCAGUGAAGAUUCUUUGCAAAUACGUGCCCCUGUAGACUUGUCAUCAAGCGACCAAGAUGUCUCAUUUGGUGGCGCUGGCGCUUCGACCCCAGAAACCUCUGGAGACCCAGCAGCUUUGCUGGCUGUUGAGGUACGCUCUUUGCCGCAGCUCAUUCGAACUGCUUCAAUACUGACUGAAUUCGCUCAUCACUGCGCCCAAACUCGCCUUUGUCGGUUGCUUAUUGCUCGAUUUAAGCUUCAAGACGGUGCGUCGGACCUAACCACGCCGGAACAACUAACGCAGCUGAUUUUGUUGUUGAGGGGGUACCAACAGAAUUGUGCCAACCACGGAUGGCACAAAACAGAGCCAGUCGCUGUGAGCCCACUGUCGACUUGUCUGCAGAAAUUGUGUUUAGAGUAUAUUGAGCGUUUUCAUGCUCAACGUCGUUCGAAGAUGAGUUCAAUGCUGGAUGCAGAAUUAUGGAAAGCGGCCGAAGUAGGAGCUGAAUUUCAAUGUCUCGUCGAUGAAUCUCUUCGCACAGGCCGAUUAAGAAAUGUGCCUACGCCUGGCAUAUCUGUAGGAGGAGGAGAGGCGCUUAUGGUCGAUAACACGUCGUAUGUGGUUGUGAACUCCGCUUUAAUUUUCUCGAAAAUUCUCGCUGAUUAUUGUGAAUGUUUCUCUGCACUACCGGAAUUCGCUGCCGAUCUCUUGUCACGUGUUGUCGAGCUUCUCAAAGGGUUCAACAGUCGUUGUUGUCAGCUGAUCUUGGGUGCGGGAGCUCUACAACUGGUUGGCCUGAAGACGAUUUCGGUUCGGAAUUUAGCUCUCGCUUCACGAUCCUUACAACUGAUCGUCCAUUUUGUGCCGUUCGUAAGUCAUGAAGCUGAACUGGCCCUCAGAGAUGAUCAGAAGCACUUGCUACGUCAUUUCAAACAGGCUUUAACUGACUACAGUGACCAUAUCGGGGAGAUAACAUCAAAGCUUGUCAGUGUUAUAGAUCAUCACACGACUAAUUGCUUGAACAAUUGGGAGAUAAGUUCCUCAGUGCCAUCGGCGGCGUUUCAGCAGAUCUGUCGGCAGAUGCAGAAGUUUCAUAAUAAUGGCUUAGCAGGCAUAAUACCAAUGACAACAAUAAAGGCCUUAUUUGAGACGGUUCAUGAGCAUUUCAAAGGAAAUUUGAAAUUGCAGCUGGCGAAGAUUGGAAUUUCACCGCACGACUCGCUGAAAUACGGGUGA